AUGGCUGGUGAACCCCAUCCUCAGAAAUAUCUCUAUGACACUGUCGGCCAUGACGUCGGCCUUGAACCAAGGAAAACUCUUCGUUCGAUCCCUUCAAAUGCAAUUGUAGUUCGCGACCAGGUAGGCUUCUAUCGAGACGUCUACGAAGCGCCUGGAAGUGGAAAAGCUAUGUUUCAAUUCAUCAAAAACAACCACGAAGUUAUUGUCUGGGGACCACCUGUCGUCGUGCUCACUAAUCUUAUGGUGCAGCUCGAAUUGAUAGAAACACUUCUUAAUUCUAUUGAUUUCGACGAUAUCCGCCAAGCAAUGUUGUAUAUCGCAUCGGACGGCCACGCUCGCCUUAUCCCACAGGAGGAAAAACACCUCCGAAUCCCUUACUUGGCCGGAUAUCGCUGUGUCGAUGAAAGCCAGCUUCAAGUCACUGAAUGGCUGCAGGCGGGCUGGAAACGUGCGUUGUUGGAUGGGAUCAGGCCAGUCGAAGUCGAAUACGCUUACAAUCAUACUUCGUCGUUGGCCUUGCAGUGCAUGAUGGACGGAUGCCAAAAAUUGGAACCACUGGAUUUGACUACUCCUAUUUUGGCCUGUCUAGCUCGUGAUGGCCGUAUGAUUGGAGUAGUCAAAUGCGUAGAAGAAGGAACGCGAAUGGUGUCAUAUAAGGAUCGUACCUUGGUUUACAACGCCUUCCAAAAAAUGCAGCAAAAUCACAUCUACCUUCUUGACGGACACGACAUAGAUCCGUCUGCUGUCUUAAUAGUCGACGAUAAGGUCAGGUUUGUCGACAUGGCUCUCAAAAGAUGGUUCAGCCCGAACAUUUUCAUUUAUGACCGGACCGUACAUGCUAAACAACAGCUGAAACAAGCGCAACAGUCGCACUGGAGGCAGGCCGACCUGCUUUUUGAGCGCAUCAAUACAGGACCGGCGGGCACUAGCAGCCGAUACCAAGCAUGCGUAUACCACCUUAUUAACGUCAUUUUUUCACCAGAAAUACCCUUGGUAGCGUUCUCAGCACGUCCUCCAGUUGUAUCCAAAGGGCGGAAAAGACGCAGGAAAAGGUCCAGUAAACCGCAAAUAGCACCGGAUGCAGCUUGCGACGGAGAAUAUCCACUUGGACGGGACGGGGAUAUCUUGACAGGACGCUUUAGGAUUGCGCUGACCCAGCGCAAACAUUUUGUCAAGCACCCUGGUCCUCAUAUGACCGAUUCGGAAACAUCUCAUUCUUCUUUAGGCCUACCCUCUGCUAGUUCCUCCUCUAGAUCUCUAUACCCGGUUCCCAGUACACCUCAUGAUGCUUCUUCUCUUAUGACACGCCGUGGCAGCACAUUCCGGCGUCAUCGAAUAUCCUAUUCUAAUCGUUCAGGCCCCUCCCCAUUUUGUGACGGCGAAAAUAUUCCUGAAUCCAGCUGGCUCGAGGAAUUAGAGUUCUGA